AUGGAUUUAAAAAAAUUUGUAAACGCUUUAAAUCCCAACUACGAACUACCGUCAAGGAAGACCGUUUCAAACACAAUGUUGCCAGCAACUUACGAGGAAGAAAACUUCAUGGCGGUCACUGCCCAUUUCAUUGACGAUAAUUUUAAAUCUCACAGUGCAUUAUUGGAUUGCGUUUCAUACGGGGAGAAUCAUACAAGCAUUAAUUUAGCCUCACAACUAAAACUUAUUAUUCAGGAAUGGAAUCUGGAAGGAAAAAUUUUAAUGGUGAUAUCAGAUAACGCCGCGAAUAUAAAAAAGGCGAUUAAAGAAGAACUUCAAUUAAAACAUUUUGGGUGCUACGCCCAUACCAUUAAUUUAAUUGCAUUAGAUUCCUUGAAACAUGCUACAAAAAUAUUAGACAAAGUUAAAUCUAUCGUGGCUUUUUGCAAAAGAAUUACAUCUGGCAUGGCAAAGUUGAUAGACCAGCAAAAACAACAGGGAAGAGAUCCUAAACGACUCGUACAAGACGUUGUAACGAGAUGGAACUCCACAUAUUAUAUGGUGGAUAGGUUUGUGGAGUUGGAAGAACCGAUCAGGACGACAAUGGCGCUGUUAAAUAAAGAUUUUCCAGUAAUUUCCCUGGAGGAAUGGAAUUUUUUGAAAGAAUUGAUACACAUUUUAGAACCCCUAGAAAACGUGACAAAAUUAAUGAGCGCCGAAAAUUAUGUCACAGCUUCAAUGACUAUAAUUUUAACAGAUGGUCUUUUAGCAGUGUAUAAGAAUAUGAAGGAGCUACAGUUUGAAGACAUUUCUAAAAAAAUUAUAUCUAUCAUUUUAGACGGACUCACUAAUAGAUUAGGGAAUGUUGAACAAAGUAAUUCACUUGUCUUGACUACGUUUUUAGAUCCGAGAUUCAAGAACGUUGGGUUUUGCAACGAAUCCAUACCGGAAAAAGCAAAGAAAUCCGUAUUGUCCCUGCUGUCUACAAAAAUAAGUUCUCAAAAUAAAAAUAGCGCCAGCACUACAACUGCCAAUACUGUUAGUAGUAGCAGUACAUACCAACCAGAGAGCGAAUCAAAGGAAACCACAACCAAGUGUUCUGUUUGGGGAAACUUCGAAAAAAGAGUUGCCUCCUUAUAA